AUGGGUGUGGACGUGGAGGUUAUUAAACCUGGUGAUGGCACUAAUUAUCCCAAGAAGGGACAGACGGUUACUGUUCACUACACUGGGACUUUGACCAGUGGCAAGAAAUUUGAUUCCUCCAGAGAUCGAGGUCAACCCUUCCAGUUUAAGCUAGGCAUGGGCCAGGUCAUCAAAGGAUGGGAUGAGGGGGUCGCUCAGAUGAGUCUCGGUGAGCGUUCCAAGCUAACCAUUAGUCCGGACUACGGAUACGGCAGUACCGGCGCUGCUGGUGUUAUUCCACCCAACGCCACAUUGGUAUUCGACGUGGAGCUCCUUUUCUUCGAAUAG